GCCUGUUAUCUAUAGAAAAAAAACAUUCAGAAUCUCUUGUUACAUAGAUAUGGAUUGUAGACUGCAUCUGGUUUUGUUCUUCUUCUGUGUUCAUCUGAUUUGCCUGUCAACUCAACAAGAAACUCGAUUUGUUUACAAUGGCUUCGAUCAAGCAAAUCUUUACAUUGAUGGGAACGCCAGGAUCGUACCAGGUGGGCUUUUGCAGUUGACAAAUACUACAGAGUUGCAAAAGGGUCAUGCUUUUUUCGAGCAGCCAUUUAAUUUUGAUCCAUCUUCUUCAUCACUCUCGUUCUAUACACAUUUUGUGUGUGCGUUGGUUCCUCCUAAGUUGGGAGGUGUUGGUGGACAUGGGAUUGUCUUUGUUGUAUCUCCUUCAAUGGAUCUCUCUCAUGCAUACGCAACUCAGUAUUUGGGAGUCUUCAGCAACCCAAUAAAUGGGACUUCAUCUUCUUCUACUCCUCAUCUGCUAGCUAUUGAACUCGAUACUGUUAAGACAGUAGAGUUUAAUGAGUUGGAAAAGCCUCAUGUUGGUAUUGAUGUGAACAGCCCUAUAUCUCUUGAAUCUGCUCUGCCUUCUUACUUUAACAACGUCUCAAGGAAGAAUAUAAGCAUAGAUCUUCUGAGUGGGGAGCCUAUACAAGUCUGGGUGGAUUACGAUGGCUCGUUUCUAAAUGUUACACUGGCUCCUAUAGAAAGCGAGAAGCCAAAUCAGCCACUUAUAUCAAGAUCCAUCAAUCUUUCAGACAUUUUUCAAGAGAAGAUGUAUGUUGGGUUCUCUGCAUCAACAGGGAACAUGCUUAGUAACCAUUAUAUACUCGGGUGGAGUUUUAGUAAAAGCAAAGAACUAUUACCAAGCUUGGACAUCUCUAAACUCCCUCAGGUUCCUCUUCCUAAAGAGAGUAAAAAGAAACUAUCUCCACUGUAUAUUGGUUUGGUUGUCUUAUUAGUGAUCACUGUGUCGAUGGUUCUUGGAGGAAUGUAUUGGUACAGAAGAAAGAAGUAUGCAGAAGUUAAAGAAUGGUGGGAAAAGGAAUACGGUCCACACCGGUUCUCUUAUAAGUCUUUAUACAAAGCAACAAAUGGGUUUCUUAGAGAUCGUCGUGUUGGGAAAGGUGGGUUUGGAGAAGUCUACAAAGGAACUCUACCCGGAGGCAGGGAUAUAGCUGUGAAAAGACUAUCUCAUGACGCAGAGCAAGGGAUGAAACAGUUUGUUGCAGAAGUUGUAACCAUGGGAAAUUUACAACAUCGGAACUUGGUUCCUCUUCUUGGGUAUUGCAGGAGAAAAGGUGAGUUACUUCUGGUCUCUGAGUACAUGCCUAACGGUAGUCUUGACCAGUACUUGUUUCAUGACGAGAACACAUCUCCUUCGUGGUUUCAAAGGAUCUCUAUCAUUAAGGACAUUGCCUCGGCUCUCAGUUACCUGCAUACAGGAACCAAGCGAGUUGUUUUGCACCGGGAUAUAAAAUCUUCUAACGUCAUGUUAGAUUCUGAGUUCAACGGGAGGUUAGGUGAUUUUGGCAUGGCCAAGUUUCACGACCAUGGAGCCAACUUAUCUGCAACAGCCGCUGUGGGAACCAUAGGUUACAUGGCACCAGAGUUAAUAACAAUGGGGACGUCUAUGAAAACCGAUGUGUAUGCCUUUGGUGCUUUCCUUCUUGAAGUAACUUGUGGAAGGCGACCUGUGGAGCCUGAGCUACCAGUCAGAAAGCAAUAUUUGGUCAAGUGGGUCUUUGAAUGCUGGAAACAGGCUUGUUUACUCGAGACAAGGGAUUCAAGAUUGGGAGCAGAAUUUAUAUCUGCAGAAGUCGAGAUGGUUCUGAAACUUGGGCUGCUCUGCACAAAUGCUAUGCCAGAAUCAAGGCCUUCCAUGGGACAAGUUGUGCAAUAUCUUAACCGGGACUUACCCUUGCCGGAUUUCUUGCCGUCUAAUCCAGGUAUUGGGGCUUUUAUGCCGGUUUCAGUCGAAGCAUUAUCUGCCAUUGGGGUUCCCAGUUUAAGGAACUCAUCAGUUUCUAUGUUUGUUACUCACACGAUCUUGGACGGGCAUGGAAGAUGAGAGAUCUAACAAGCUGUGUAUGCUCUGCAUCUAAAUCUGUCUGACUGCUUAUAUGUUUUUAACUUAUAAGUGUUGAUAAUGUUGUCGGUUGAUGUUGUACUCAAACUUCCGUAGGUCUCAGUUGACAAAUAAAACAGUGUAACUACAUAUCUUUGUAAACUGAAAAGUUUUUCA